AUGGAAUCUCGGCAUUGGGACCUCUGUUGGCGUUGCCUCAAACGUCUUGACGACGAGCCAAAAUGGAGAGCAUCAAGCAAUCACAAGCUUUUCUGCGACGAUUGUGCAAAACUUAAGUUGCAAGGGAUACCAAAGACGAAGCAGAUCGCCUGGAAAGAAUGUGUGGUAUGCUUCGAGGAUUUCCCGGAUCACUACUACACCUGCUCGACUGUUUACCCAGACACUGGCGGACCUCCUUUUCGCGUGGGCCAUGCGUUGUGCUCGCGGUGUGCCUACGGCUCACGACAGAGGCGGCUGAACCUGAAGCGAGGGUUCAUCGAUAAAUGCCCACUGUGCAGAAAAAAACCGAGAAAUCCGGUCAGAGUCGUGGCCUGUACGAUUAUCAAGGUUCCUGAGGAUGAGGCAGCAGUGCCUGUGGACGUACCAGCCCAACCCUCGCUUGUGGAUGAGCCAGCCCAGCCUGUACUUGUGCUAGGUGUGAGGCUGGGGAGAUCAGUGAACCACAGGCAAGUCAGGGUCCGAUGGGAGGAUACGUGGGAGAGGUAUGACUUGAUGGGCGCCGAUAAACGUAUGCAAGUCAAGAGCAUCAUUGGGGAGACACCAGAUUCUAUCAAAAUUUGCUGGAAAGAUACCUGGGAGCUGCUUGAGGAUUUGGAGGAUGGCCCCCUGAAGGAGGAGGCAAAGAGGCUCCUGGAGGACAAGUAUAGUGUGUAA